GAGCAGGACAGAGCCUCUACACAGGGGGCAGGAAAGGAACGCAAGGCAUCCACAGACCUCCUGAGCUUCAGUAGGAACACCAGUCAGAAAUGGGACCCUGCAGGAAAGAGAAAGAUCCGAGAGAGGGGAAGGAGGCUGUUUUCCUGAGGAGGAAGAUCACCCUCACCCGGGCCAUUGCCUUGGCUGUUGGCACCAUGGUGGGCAGCGGGAUCUUCAUUUCUCCCAAAGGGGUGUUGCAAAAUUCAGGCAAUGUGGGGGUCUCCUUACUCGUGUGGCUGGCUUGUGGGAUCCUGUCUUUGUUUGGAGCUCUGUCUUAUGCAGAUCUUGGAACAAGCAUCACAAAGUCGGGGGGACAUUACAUUUAUAUUUUGGAGACACUUGGUCCAUUGCCAGCCUUCCUAAGAUUAUGGGCUGAGUUUGUUAUGAUCCGGCCUGCAAAUAUGGCAGUGGUGUCACUGGCAUUUGGUCGAUACCUAAUUGAGCCCUUCUUUGCCCCAUGCCUUGCUCCUGCCUUGGCCGUGAAGCUGAUCACGAUGACUGGAAUCACCUUGGUAAUAGUGCUGAACUGCUGGAGUGUGAGCUGGUCUGCCAACAUACAGACAGUCCUCACAGUCCUCAAAAUGGGCACCGUAGGCUUGGUUAUCGUUCCUGGGCUGAUGGCUCUGGGCAAUGGCCACUAUGAGCAUUUUCAGGAUAGUUUUGACACCAGUUCCUUGACACUUGACAAGCUGCCCCUGGCAUUUUACUCUGGGAUGUUUGCCUAUGGAGGGUGGUUCUAUAUAAACUUUGUGACGGAGGAAAUUGUAAAUCCUAAACGGAAUAUCCCACUGGCUGUUAUGGUAUCCUUAGUAAUUGUUACGAUAUGUUACAUCCUUACUAACAUCUCUUACCUCGCUGUCCUGUCUCCACAAGAAAUUCUCAGCUCUGAGGCAGUAGCCAUGAGCUUUGCCGAUAAGGUCUUCAAGAGCAUUUCCUCCGUGAUUCCAAUCCUUGUAGCUCUAUCUUGUUUUGGUGCUUUGAAUGGUGGAGUCUUUGCUGCAUCAAGGAUGUUGUUUGCAGCUGCACGAGAAGGACAGUGGCCAGCUCUCUUCUCAAUGAUACACCUUGAACGACACACUCCACUCCCAGCCCUGAUAUUGAUGUUGCCAAUGAUCUACUUGAUGGUGUCCAUUGGUGACCUGUAUGGGCUGCUGAAUUUCUACAGCUUCUCCCGCUGGUUCUUCAUAGGACUUGCUACCUUAGGACUUAUCAUUCAUCGCUAUCAGCAUCCAGAAUUACCAAGACCCUUUAAGGUGCCUUUGUUUUUCCCACUCGUAUUCACAACAGCAUGUUUCUUCAUCGUGGGGACAUCUCUGUAUUCGGACCCUGUGAACACAAGCAUUGGCUGUGCUGUAACGCUAUCUGGCUUGCCCGUCUACUACCUGGUGGUUCAGAAAACUAGAAUACCAGACUGCUGCACAUCCAAAUUCAAUGCCAUAACAGUGAAACUGCAGAUCUUGAUGAAAGUGGCUCUCCAAGAAGUCCAGACUUAUUGAAGCAUUUCGUGUAUCUGAGCAAGGACAGCACUGUGAUGUACAGUUUUCAAAGACUCUUCACGUCAGUUCUGUUCUUGAUGAAAGAUGGCAAAGAGUCAUGAGGCAAAUUCAUGAACUCUCAUUCCAACAAAGUGGAACACACCUCCAGUCUACUUUAAGCAAGCAGGGAGAGUCCUAGAUAAGCCAUUCUCUCUUUGCCAAUUAGUCUCGUGUGUGUGUGUGUGUGUGUGUGUGUGUGUGUGUGUGUGUGUGUGUGUGUGUAAAGCAAUUGGAUGGUCAUCUUCUAUACAAUGGCACAUCCUGAUUUUGCUCUGGUGCUAGUAUCUGAAUCUCAGAGUAUAGGCUACUAGAGCAGACAAAUGGGUCACAGCAUUAGUAAAUCUAGCUCGGUAUUUCCUCUUACUUCCCAGUAAUUGUUCACUCCGCUUUCAUCAGUGAUUCCCCAAAUGUGAAAUGGGGAACACUAGUAAACCAAAGGAGGAGCUGAAAUAUGUCUUAAAAUCCAGAGGAAAUGCUAUGACCUUAUGUAAACGUCCAAGAGGAGGAAGAUUACUCCCGGUUGGGGAGUCUUGUUCGCCUUGGUACCAAAACCUUGAGAGGAAAUGGAUUACUCAGUAUCCAUUUGCUCUCCUAUAAAGUAGAAAUGUGGAUGUUUUCUAAAGAUAGACCAUUGGAUUUUCAGGAGAACCUUAUACCACAGAGACUUUCCAAUGCUGGACACAUGGAAAAAUAAACAAGCCCUAGGUUUACCACAAUUGGCUUCAUUUAUAUUCUCCCCCCCCCGCCCCAAGGGGGGGGGGGAAUAGCAAUGAAGCAACACACUUUUGAAACAUGUGAGCACUACAGGAGGCAUAAGUUUAAAAUUCUGUAUUCAAAUAUUUAUACGCAAGUCAAUACACCCAACAUAAAAAUGUAAUGAUAUCAAUGAGAAGCAUCCAGAAUAAGUUAGUCGUGAUUAAUUGAAAUUAAUGGGAUUUAUGUUAGUCAUGACUAACUUGUCUUAGUUAUUUCAGUGGUGCUUGGUCAUGACUUACUAGUCUGGAUGCUACCCAAUUAUCUACAGGCCCAUAAAUUAGUUCCUGAGCUUGUCGGGUCUGAAGUACCAUAAUGAGAUCAGACUGAGCACCUUUUAAGAACCUGUUUUAUUCUUGUAGGUCAGGAAGUGGAGGAUUAAUCUCAACUUUGUAUAUUUGUAUAAGCUUAUUCAUUUAUGGGUCACUCUAGUUAACAUGUAACAUGGGAGAUGGGUUUGGGCAAAUAUUCCACUGCAGUAUGCCAACAUAGGAAGCUGCCUUAUCUAACUCAAUAUUGUCUACUCUAAUCGGCAGCGGCUCUCCAAGGCUUCAGACCAGAGUCUUUCCCAGCCCUACCUGCCAGGGACUGGGGCCUUCUAUAUGAAAGGAGAUGCUCUACCCCUGAGUUAUGGCCUCAUCCCCAAAGAUGCUUGGAAACAAGGAACUUCACUUUCUUGAUGUGUUAAUGUUACUUCUAAAAGAUUAUUAGUCUACAGGACUUAAUUAUGUUUAGAUUUUCAGGAAAGUUAGCAGGCAGUCUGUAUUGAAAGGACAUCCUCCCUCACCAAACACAUACCGCACACUUGUAAUGAAGCCAACCACAGAUUCAAAGCUUUGGUCAGCAAGUAGGUGAAAUUUUAGAGAAAAACUCUGGUUAUCAGGUUCCAAAUACUUGAAAAAACUUCAUUCAGCAGAAAAGGAUUUUAUUUUCAUUCCUUCUCGCAGUCAUAGAGCUUGCGUUUCCAAUGAUGAAUAUAUGGUUGCCCAAAGUGCAGGACCUCCUCAUUAUGGAGAAGCUCUCACAAACGGGACUUAAUUAGUCUUGAAUGAUUUCCUUGGAACAUAAAAUGAUUUUCUCAUUUACACAGACGUUAAUAAGACACUUGCUAGUGAACCCUCCAGAUUUAAGCUCCAUAUUUAUGUACUGGAUCUUCAUUUUCAAACAUGCAUCACAUCAGGCUGGUCCUAAAUUAGCAGCCAACACAUAUUUUGCUGGAAGAUUUAAGGUUAAACAUGUUACAGAUUAAUUUAAAGUAUUAAAAUGUGUUUAAUUUUUAUGUUAAUUUAUUAUCUUAAAUUAUAACUGUAAAUUGUUUUAUGAAUGGACAUAAAAAUAUAAAGUAGUAUGUCUCAAAAAAUUGAA